AUGCGUGCCUCGUGGGUCCUGACAGAUGUGCUCUCCAUACCGCUCAGUAGAAGUUGCAUCAAUGUGGCACGAGCGACGUACUCAAGUAGGCAUGCACGGCAGAUGGAGCGUCUUUUUGGUCCAGCGUGGCAUCACGCCGAUUUCUCGCGGACGGCGGUGGGAAAAGUGACGGGCACAGUCCGCGAUCAUCUGCGCACAUCAUUGGGGCCAAAGAAGAACGCCGAGUUGCGCACAAAGGCGGUAGAGUUGGGGCUUGUCUCAGACGAGCAUGACACGCCUUCUGUGGAAUUCGGCGGUGAGGGCAGUUCAUCGUCAAGUGACCCGCUGCUCGAGUUUUUGGAGAAGAACGAAGACGAGGCCGCCCUUUUGCUUGCCAUGUGGACCUCGCUGCGUCGCAGCUGCUUGCAUGCCUCGGAAAUAUCAGAGUCCAUCUCGCUCACUGCAAGGUGGUUUUUGCACCAUCUCAUCCGUAUGCGCGCCAUUGCAGCCGCGGCGCAUUUUUACCAGCGACUUUUGGCGUUGGGGUUGCAAUUGCAGAAGUGGGACGUCGUUCUGCUGCUGAGUAAUUUGCCCUACGAUCGUUGCACAACCGUGGCAGCGUCCCAAUCCGAUGAGUGGUUGCGGGAAAAACGCCUGUCGCAGUGGGCAGCGAGACGGGAGCGUGAAAGGAGAAAAGGAGGUGAGGAAAUCAAAGCGAAACCCAAAAAAGAAGCAAAUAAUGCGGGAUACGAGAAACUGGGAGAUGAAGCGGGGGAGCGUCGUGGCCCGGAGGCGGGUGCCGCCGCGUCGAUUAGUGCCUUUUCGCCACCACCCACGAAUUCAGCGCACGCGGACGCCCCCAGCAGGGAUUCGGGCGAGACGGUUAAAAACGCACUGGGAACUGUGAAGAAAACGCCCUUGCGGCAGCCCGAUUGGGUCAGGCGGUGGCUUCUCUACGAGGCUUCCAUGGGAAAUAUUGAAUUCUCCGAUGGCGAGGAGUGUUUGCCUGCCACGCGUACUGAAAAGUUGGAUGAAUUUUGUUGUACUGACGCCUUGGGGGCUCAUGAAGAAUUGCUGCAGGAUUCGUUGGAAGCAAAUUGUCUGAUGGGAUUGACGGCUCAAUUGAAACAUCUUAUGGUGCUGCAAGAUGCCGGGAUUUUUCUCGAGACAAAAAAAAAGAGGGACUCACAGAAGUCUGCCACCAACGUCUGGAGAUGUACACCCGCCAGGAGGCAUCGUCGCUACUGGGCGGAGGCACUUCAUAUUGCAAGCAUUUACAUGGAGUCAAUGCCAGCAACAAAACAUGUCACUUCGCUUCCCGAUGAACUUUGUGAUGUCAUACGGCGGGCGGUGAUGUGCUCUGGAUCUUGGAAAGUGUGUCUCCAUUACCUCGAGGCGAAUCAGCGGCACAAGAUCAAGUUGAGUAGGAAUGAUUAUGCAAAAUUUGUGUUGAUGGCUGUUGAGGAAGAGCCAUGGCGAAAAAAUCCUUCAAUUGAACAGUAUAUGCUGCAUCAUUUUAUUCCGCAUUUUUCGGAUUUAACGGCAGCCAGCUAUGCAGUUCAGGCUAUUUGGCUGUCAUAUGCAUGCUCCGUCAAGCUGGAUCGACCAGAGAGCUACGUGGAAUUGAUUGGAACUCGUGCAAUGAAUCUCCCUUCGGCAAUAAAGGGGGCCAUUAUGUUUGCCAAACUUGCGGUAUCACAUCUGCACAUUGAAGUGGAACGAUACCGCACAGAAGCUGCAGCUGAACAGUUACUCGCCACCUCAAUUCGACUGGGUUUGUUUUCACAUGUUGGUGAGUCCAUAUCAGAGAAUGCCCCUUCUUCUUUGACGGAGCCAACCGAAAGACCCGCAUCUGCUCCUCUCACUGGUGUAAUUCUUCCAGAGUGGCUGAGAGAUUCUUUCCUGUUGGUCUGUAUUUGUCUUCCCCGAGUUCUUGCUUUGGCACCUAUUCUUGUGGUUUCACAAGACGAUGCGGUUCAAAUUAAUUCCUUUCUGCUGGAUGCAUUGUACAGUCGUAUUGGUGUAUGGGGAAUAUUUUCCAGAUUGUACUUGGUGGAACCCGUUGCCCCUGCACGUCGAACCCAAGAGACGUCAUUCAUGGCCGCUUCAAUGGCCUUAUGUGUUCUUCGUGUUGCAUUGGCGUUGUGUAUGGCUCACGGCGAGUUCUCAUUACAAAACCGAGGUGUCGAUUUGUUCACACCAAAGCAACUAAAGCUUUUUUUAGGCAUGGGAUUGGAGGCUUUGAGUGCCAUUUCUUCCCAUGCAUCUGGCAGCGCGGAGUUGCGAUCCCUCAUGUUGAUUUUAGUGCGGACUGCCUCCCGGUUGACAACGGAAGUGUGCCGCUUCUUCAGCCUUAACCCCGGUAGUGAGAGAGUUUUGUUUGGUGUCACCUCUGAGGAAACGGUGGGGUCUCUCAGCCUUAUGGUUCAGAUCCUCCUGCUUCUGCACGUGUAUACUCCUGGGCGGCGGUUUCCAGUGGCCACACAAUUUCGCCUUCGGUCCCUCCUUCGACCCAACAGUGGAUUGGGAAAACAGGUCCGACGCUCCCUGCGGCAAAAGGAAGCACGUCAAUUGGAUGCUCUUCUCUGCAAGCGAGGUCGAGGGAAAGCCCGUAAUAGUGAUGUUUCCCCCAAAGCACAGCGUCUCCGGGUCUUUUCUCCUGAGGAUGUCGCAAGGAUUGACGCAACAGCAAAGAUGCAUAAAUUGGUUUAUUUAGCCGCUAUAAGUCAUGAAAAUGAUAUCACUGCCAUUGAGGAUGUGCUCAUCUCCCGUCUUCAAUCAAUGCAAUCGGACGAUGCCUUUUUACUGCUGCGUGUCGCCCUCCAUCAACUGCGUUUGCGUCCUGGAACCUUUGGGAUGCCUUUUUUUGUAAAGGUAUUGCAGCGUCUUUGCAUCGGCGCGACAAGUGAAGCUCAAGGGAAAUCCUUAUGGUUGAGGGCCAUCUCGGUGUAUUGGGAUGCCGUGGAGCACACCGCAUGUCAUUCCAUUUCUCUUAAUGGAGCACAAGUCAACAAGAAUCAGAGUUUUCGAAAUUACGAGAGAGAUGUUUUGUCGGCGCUUCUUUUGCCAAUGUUGCAGCUUAGUAUGGCGAUGAAGAGAAGAGACAUGGGGUGGGUUUGGUUGAAUCACUGGGUUUCUCUGCACACACCUGCAGAACGUGACACGUGUUGGGCCAUGCGUAACGUCCAAGCAAGGUCGACCCUUCUUGACAGGCGUGCGCUGCACAUGUCUCUUAAACUCAUCUUGAACGCACAGCGGAGGGAGGCAGUGGAGGAACCUUCCGCAGAAUUAACACCAGCCCCGUUCAUAUCUCUCCAUUGUGAAGUUGCCGUGAGACACGCAAAUUGGCGAGUAGCCUUGGAUAUUUUGCUUCAACCCUUUGUUCACUCUUUAAACUGUGGAAGUUCCGUUACACCACUGCCAAAUAUCGUUGCUGGUUCGGCGUUGCGUAUUCUCUGUCGUGCCCCUACAAACAUGUCUAACACCGCUCUGCGGCUGCGGGAGAUUCAGGGCGACCAGUGGGAUCUUCAAAGUGCCAAUGCGCUUCUGUUGUUGCUUGUGCGUCAAAGACGGUGGAAAUUUGCUCUUCAGCAUGUUAAGGAGAUGCUUCCGGCGUUGGACAGGGCGAGCAACACGCCGGCAGGGAGCACCGCCACCGGCAGCAGUAGUAUUAGAACGAAGAAGAGUGAAGAACAGCUGAAGAUAAACCAGGCAUUUUUUCUCCUUUACGGUCUACGGGCGUGUGCCAUAGGUGGAUGCGGGGAGGAGGCCGCAGAGUUGUACGACCGUGUCAAGGUGUUGCUCACGGAAACGCGGCCUGACACUGCGUUGAAGAAUACGGUUACCCACGACCGUGGAAAGCAUCUGGAAGAGUUGCUCUUUGCUUCCUUUGAGCCUGAUGAAGUAGCGACAACUGUGUCUUCUGCAGGUGAUGGAAAUGAUCAGCUGCGCAUUGUUUCGGGCCAAGCGCGCCGUUACUUUCUUCGCGCCAUGACGAAGAAGUGUUUGUUCUCGCAAGGACUUCAUAAAUAA